AUGAAAUACAGCAGGUUAUGGCCCGGUACUAGUGGGGGGCAAAUGAAGACAAGCGGAAGAUUCACUGGUGUUCUGAAAGCAAGAUAUCACAGGCAUUGUUCCAUUUUGGAAGCUACUGAAGGUCAUGCCCCAUCAUAUAUUUGGAGAAGCUUAUGUGAAUCACGGAUUGUUGUAACUAGAGGUUCCCGAUGGCAAAUUGGUGACGGUAAGUCGGUGAAAGUUUGGGGAGAUUGGUGGAUCCCUAAGCCCACCUCUUUCCAGAUUUCAUCACCGGAGGUCGUUGGACAUGCGAAUGCUUUGGUGUGUGAGCUCAUUGAUCCAAUCAUGCACCAAUGGCGGGAGGACCUGGUCCAUGCGUGGUUUGGUGCUCAGGAGGCUUCCUGCAUUCUGACCAUCCCGAUUAGCUUCAGAGGCCCGGGGGAUCGACUCGUGUGGCACUAUGAAAAAAAAAAGGUUUGUGUUCCUCCCAAGGUUAAGGUGCUCGUCUGGCGUACGUUCCUUAAUAUCCUUCCCACCAAAGAACGUUUGUUCAGCAAGGGUAUCCAAGGGGAUAGUGCGGUGAGUGUGUCAUGUGCGGCGCUCGGGCGGAGACACUUCAUCACGGUGACUGGUGUGAUCGUGAUACACGGGACCUUAUUGGAUGGCUAG